UAUGUCAUGACUCACUUCAAACGGACACAGUGCUGAAACUACGCUCUCUAAUGAAACGUUUCAAGCUCCCAUCGGAUGUUGAUAAAACUCUGACGCGAGGUGAUGACGAAAACGACGCUGACGUCAAACGUGGCUUCCUUCUGCUGCUUUCCAAUGUGGACCCCAGUCCUCUCUUUAUAGACUUUUUAGCUGAGAGAAUGGCGUUAAAUAAUCUGGGUGUGCUGCGACCCCUGCUGUGUCAGUCACUGCUGCGUCAGGUCAGACCCCCACUUGGGCUCGCAUCCCGGGUCAGAGCAGCACCUCUGACUCCUAACACCGCCGGUUUGCCCGCUGCAGUUACCAGACUUUAUGCCACCAAGAAGGCAAAAGCAAAGGCAAAGAGCCAGUCUGGAAAAGUGAAUAUUAAUUCAGCCCUGGUGCAAGACAUCAUUAAUCUGGAGGAAGUGAAGGCGGACAUGAUUGCUGUUGUCAAUUCACUGAAAGAUGACUUCACCCGCAGCCUAAACAUCCGAACAUCUCCAGGAGCCCUGGAUCACAUUGUGGUGACGACUCCUGAUGGAAAGUUCCCCCUCAACCAGUUGGGUCAGGUCUCCAUGAAAUCACCUCAGCUCAUUAUGGUCAACAUGAGCGGCUUUCCGGAGGCUACAGCGGCUGCCACCCGCGCCUUAAGGGAGAGUAGCAUGAACCUAAACCCAGAGGUGGACGGGACGAUCAUCAAAGUGCCUGUUCCUAAAGUAACACGAGAACACCGGGAGAACCUCUCCAAGGUGGCCAAGCAACUCAGCAACAAGGCCAAAGACUCGGUGAGGAGGGUUCGAUCCAACGCCGUCUCGCAGGUCAAAAAGGCAAAGGAGGGAAACUCAGAGGACACCAUACAUCUGGUAGAGAAACAGAUUCAACUGAUGAUGGACAACAUCUCCUCAGACAUUGACAAACUGUGUGCAGCUAAGACUAAGGAGCUGCUAGGUGGACAGUGAUGGUACCAAAAACUCUGUCUAGGUCUUGUUAUAUGUUUUUUACUUUGUAUCCUUUCUUUAUAGCUCCACCUACAGGCAGACAACAGCUCUAACAGGACAACGAUUGGAUCAUUGAGGAGCUGGACUGUUGUUUCACUCCAACAGAUAAACAAGCAUUGGUUCAUUUAGUCUGUGUUUGACUUCUGACUGGUCGACACUGGGCAUCGGUGUCUGCCCAGAUCACCGGUUCAUAUGAUCUCUGGACCGCAGGAUGACAUCAGAAAUUUACACUGAAAUAACAGCAACAACAUGCCAUUGCCGCCAUCAUUUUUCCCCUUCUCCAGACAAACUCCAAAUGAGGGAAGAACAGACUUGCAACAGGGUUUUUUUGGGCUGUUUAUGUAAAACAAGCGCACCCAUCCGAUUGUAAACUGGUUGCGGUUUGUCUUGGUGGCAGGAGCUGGAGAGAGAAGCUUGGUUCCAGCGUUGUGUGAGCCAACUGAACAGAUAUCGUUAGCCAGUUGCCAUAUAUUUGUUUCACGUAACUUCAAAGUGUGUUGGAAAUGCACGGCAGGAAAAGAACAAGGUCCGUGUGGAGGAUUGAUAAUAACGGCUACUCACUUCUAAACAUAAUAAAGUCAGGAAAGUCGCAUUAUUGAUGGACUCCAUUAAAGGAGCACUGCCUCGUA